AUGACUACACAUAAUUAUAGUUCAUAAUUUUUGAUUUCUUAUUAAUAAUUACAUUUUAAUAUGUUGGCAUCAAGAUCUGAUUCUCAAUUAAGAAGUCUUGAAAAUCCAGAUAAAUAAACAAUGAGAGGAGAAUCUUCCAAAAGAAGCGAUAAAUUACUAGAAAUUCCAAGAAAAAAGCUCAAUAUGAGGUUAUUAUUAUUUAUUACAGUUAGAUUGUAUACUGAGCAGGAACAAAAGAUUUAAGAUUUAAUUAAUUCUAAAUCAAUUACAAUUAGCAUUAUUGCAUUAGUUGGAAUAUAUGCGAUUUUAAUAUUUGUUAUUGUAGCAUUAGAAGAAUUGAUGGAUGAGACAGAAUUCAACAAUGUGUCAAUAAUAUUGAGUUGGAUUGAAUUAGGAAUCCUUAUAGUUUUCAUUUUAGAAAUAGCAGUUGGUUUAUAUGCAUGGGGUGUAAUGGUAAGAAUUAAAAAUAAUAUAGAAAUAUUACAAAGAUAAAUGGUUGAUAUUAGAUACUCUAAUUAUAUUAUUAUCUCUCUUUUUUGUAAUAUUUGAAUUAGCAGAUUAGAAAACAUCAAAUGUUGUCAAAGUAAUCUAAGCAGUUUUUAGAUUUUUAAGAAUAUUUCUACUCAUAAGAAAAGCAUAAACUUUUAGAAGACUAUCAACAAUAUCUACUAUAUCUACACCAGCUGAAAAGAUUGUUCGAUUUUUAUCAGAAUUAAAAGAAGUCAUAGAACUUGAAAGUAUGAAAUUGGAUAUUGAUUAUUGCAUUGACAAAAUAGGUAAUAACUAAUUAUAUUAAAUGGGAAAAUUGGAUGAAGAUAAUGCUGAAGUAAAUGUUAUAGUAAUUAUAGGCUAUGGGUUGGUUAAAUUAAAGUUAAUAGGGUAAAUCUAGCGUAAGAAAAAUAGUAACAGGAGAUUAAUAAUAAUAAUAGAAAAAAGUAUUGGCUAACUUCUAAAAAUUGAAUAUUCCAAAAAGAGUAUUAUAAUAAUAAUAAUAUUUCAUUAGGUUUUAGAAGUUUUAGAUAAAUAACAUGAUGAUUUAUAUAUUGAUCCAUUUGAAUGUGAUAAAUUAAGUGGAGGAGAAGGAUUAAUUUAUUUAAUGUUAUUUCUAUUUGAAAAUUAUAAUCUUUAUGAUGUUUUUUUGAUUAAACCUAAAGUUGUUAGAAGUUAUUUUGAAGAAGUGACUAAAGGAUAUUAAGAUAAUCCAUAUCAUAAUAGAGUACAUGCUUAAGAUGUGGCAUAAACAUGCAAUUUUUUAUUAAAUAGAUGCAAAUUUAUUGAAAUUGGUUAAUUAGAUGAAUAAGAUAUUGCUUGUGUUUUAAUUGCAGGUGCUAUACAUGAUUAUGGACACCCUGGUUUAACAAAUGCAUUUCUUAUUAAUAGUAAAAAUGAAUUAGCUUUAACUUAUAAUGAUUAAAGUGUUCUAGAAAUGUUUCAUCCAUCUUAAUGUUUCAAAAUUGCAUGGACAAAUUAAAAAGCUAAUAUUUUUGAAAAUCUACCAUUUCAAAAAUAUAGAAGAAUAAGAGAAUCUAUUAUCUCGAUGGUUUUAUCCACUGAUAUGGCUCAUCAUGCUUCUGAAUUAGCCAUUACAAAUAGUAGAGUAGCAGCACGUAAUUUAUGUUUUUUAAUUUUAGCCGAUUUUGAACCAUAUGGAAAAGAUAAAUAAAGAUUGAUGGAUUUGGUUGUUCAUUCUUCAGAUGUAUCAAAUCCAACAAAAAAUUUUGAAAUCUAUAAGUAAUGGACAGAAAAAGUUCUAACAGAAUUUUGGUAAUAAGGAGAUAAAGAAAGAGAACUUGGUCUACCUAUUUCUUAUCUUUGUAAUAGAUAUACAACUAAUAUGGCAGAAGCUUAAUUAGGGUAUUUAAAGUAAUCAUAUUAGCUUUAUUGAUUAUGUGGUCAAACCAACAUUUUCUUGUAUUUAAGGUUUUCUUCCAGCCUUUGAGCCAUAUUUUGAAAAUUUAGAUAAGAAUAAGGCUAAAUGGCAAGAACUUGUUGGAUACUAUAAACAAUAAUUGGCCUCCAUAUAAACUUAAUGA